AUGAACUCCUCUUUCUUUUACAAAUCUCUUUCUCCUCCUCUUUUUCCAAUAUUUCUUUGUUGUGCCUAUCAUUCGCCCUCUUUAUAUCUCCUCCUCUUCUUCUUCUUCUUCUUUGACAUUCUUUAUCUAUUCCACUCUCUCUCUCUCUCUCCAAUAUCUUUAACCAUUAAAAUUCUUUUCUCAGGCAAACAAUCUGUCUCACGCGCUAUGGUCUCUCUUUUAAUUACCUACUAUGAUUUUUACUCUCUCUUAUCUUUCUUUUCCCUUUUCCUUCUAUAUUUCCAACUGAUCUACUUACGCCUUCUCUUCUAUUUCAUUCUUUUUUUUCCUUCUUUUCUUCUUCUUCUUCUUCUUCUUCUUCUUCUUCUUCUUCUUCUUCUUCUUCUUCUCCCCCUCUUUUCUUUUUAUCUUCUUUUUUAUUCUGGUAAUGAACAGUUUUUAUUUAGCAUUUCUUCUUCUUCUUCUUCUCCUUCUUCUUUCGUUUUCUUCUUCUUCUGCUUCUUCUUAUUCUUCUUUUCUGUUUUUUCUUCUUGUUCUUUUUCUGUUUCUUCUUCUUCUUCUUCUUCUUCUUCUUCUUCUUCUUCUUCUUCUUCUUCUUCUUCUGUCUGUCUUUUUUCUUUUCCUUUUUCCUCGUGA